AUGGCUAUUGUAAAUGAAACAGGAUCACCUGAUAUUUUUCUCACAAUGACAUGUAAUCCUAAUUGGCCUGAAAUAACAGAUAAUUUGUUACCAGGACAACAGGCUUGUGACAGACCAGAUUUAGUUGCAAGAGUUUUCGAUUUAAAAAAAGAUCGUUUACUUGACAUCGUUAUCAAAAAGAGUUUUUUCGGAAAAGUUGCAUCUUUCGUUUAUGUCAUUGAAUUUCAGAAAAGAGGAUUGCCACAUAUACAUUUAUUAAUUACACUAGAACAAGGAUACAAAAUUACUACACCAGACAUUGUUGAUAAAUUUAUAUCGGCUGAAAUACCUAUCCAAAUAAGAAAUCCACGCUUAUUUGAUAUCGUUAUGAGGAACAUGAUUCAUGGACCAUGCGGCGAUUGGUGUAUGAAAGAUGGAAAAUGCUCCAAAAAUUUUCCGAAAUCAUUUCAACAAGAAACUACUAUGGAUGCAAAUGGGUAUUCAAAUUAUCGACGAACUGAUGACGGCGUUCAGUACGAACGUUCUAAUGGACAUACAGUAGAUAAUAGAUGGGUUGUUCCACAUUGUAGAGAAUUAUUAUUGCUUUUCGAUUGUCAUAUUAACGUGGAAAUUGUAUCAAGCAUAAAAGCUGUCAAAUAUUUAUACAAAUAUAUAUACAAAGGUCACGAUACAGCAACAGUUGUAAUUGGACAAGCAGAAAAUGGUCCCACUAUUGAGCACGACGAAUGUCAUAACUUCAUUGAAACACAUUAUGUUGGCCCAGUUGAAGCGUGCUAUCGAAUUUUUAGUAAAAAAAUGCAAGACAAAAGUCAUACCGUUACACGAUUACCAAUACAUCUACCUAAUGAACAAGCGAUAUUGAUGGUGCAAAACGAAGAUGAAGCUUCAUUAUUAGCAAGUUUGAAUAAUUCAAGUAGUAUGUUACUGGAUUACUUUAAGUUAAAUGUUCAUAAUAUUUCAGCCAGACAAUAUUAUUACAAUGAAAUACCAAAAUAUUUUACUUACAAGAAAACCAAAAUUAAUGGUACAGUUACUUCUUUGUGGGACACUAGAAAAAAACACUUCAAGUGUAUAGGUCGCAUGUAUUCAGUGAGCCCCACACAAACAGAAUUAUUUCAUUUAAGACUAUUACUGUUUCAUGUUAAAGGUCCAACAAGUUACAACGACUUAAAAACUGUUGACAACAUAUUGUACCCUUCAUUUACUGCAGCUUGCUUAGCAUUAGGAAUUAUUGAAGAUGACGAAGAAUGGAAUAAAGCAAUGAGAGAAGCAGUGACAUGGAUGAUGCCUACGCGCCUUAGACUUUUAUUUGUUCGUAUAUUGAUUCAUUGUCAGCCUGUUUAUCCGGAAAAAUUAUGGGAUACAUUCAAAAAUGCAAUGUCUGAAGAUUUUUCACGUAAUAACGAAUUGAACGUGAGCUAUCAAAUGGCUUAUUCUGAAAUAAAUAAUAUUUUGAUUAAGGAAGGAAAGAGUUUAGCUGAUUUUCCAACAAUGUAA